AUGUUGAUUGGCGUAGGGAGAGAUAGUAUUACAAAGGCUACAUAUUCAACGGAUAGCACAGAUGCAAGCACUGCGGCAAACACAGCCGCAAGCACUGCGGCAAACACAGCCGCAAGCACUGCGGCAAACACAGCCGCAAGCACAGCGGCAAACACAGCCCCAAACACAGCCCCAAACACAGCCGCAAACACAGCCCCAAACACAGCCGCAAGCACAGCCCCAAGCACAGCCCCAAACACAGCCGCAAACACAGCCCCAAACACAACAGCAAACACAGCCGCAAACACAACAGCAAACACAGAGACCCUCAGAUCCGAUGUCUAUUAG